AUGGGCACCGAAUACAACCCAAUUUACACGCCUUUGAAGGACCCGGAUAACUACUUCCGGCUCUUGAAGCUUGAUGAAGCCUCCGACCAAGACGAAGAGAAGCUCAGUGGUGUAUUGAUUCAACUGCCUCGGGGAGACGCGCCUUAUUACCACCCAAUAUCAUAUACAUGGGGAAUCGAGAAGCCUGCCGCCGAGAUAUUGCUCAGGCACUCGGAGGAGGCUGAACAGUCGCACCCCUUUCUCAUGAGACCAAACCUCAAAGUAUUACUUCAGCAUGCGCGUCGCUCCUUCAAGAAUCGGGUCAUUUGGGUCGAUGCAAUCUGCAUCAAUCAGGAUGACACGGUUGAAAAGGGUCACCAGGUCCGGACAAUGGACAAGGUGUAUCGUGGGCAAAACACUUUUGUCUGGCUUGGAGAACCCUCUCACAACAGCGACUUGGCGUUGGAUCUGAUUGAUCGGUUCGAAGCUCACCUCGAGAAGCUCGAUCGAUCUCAUAUCACAAAUCUUUUCCAGUCCAAGAGCGCUCAGUAUCUAGCCGACCGAGCUGAGGCAACUCGCAAGUUCACCCAGGCUUGCGACGAAUUCUUAAUGUCUCCUACAAACACGGACGAAUGUUGGGUGGCUAUAUACGACUUCUUCGCUCGCCCGUGGUUCACGCGUCGCUGGGUCGUGCAGGAAUUUGCUUUAUCGGGCCAUGUUGACUUCUGGAUUGGCAGUCGCAAAAAGUGUCUGGAAUAUGUGAACAUUCUUAGCAUGAAGCUGAAGGAGAAUCCAUACCAUCGUGUUAAGGGCCAUCAGAGACACAACGUUUGGGAACGCAUACCAGGGCAUGCCAACGUGUUACCGUCCAUGGAUGUCGAUCCUGUUGAUUCAAUCUAUCGCCUCACCAGUACCCAGAAGGCGAUACAGAAAGGAAAAACCAUCGAACUGUCGUUGGAAAAGCUUUUGGACGACUUUGCUGGUUUCGCAUGUUUUGACCCCCUUGAUGGCGUGUAUGCUUUGUUGUCCAUGGCAUCUGAUGUCAACAUGUCAGAUUGGUUACCGGACUAUAGUCCGACAGCAACAGUGGCUGAUCUCUAUCGCAAGGUCUCGUUGCAAAUUAUGAAAAGAACCGGGUCUGAGGAUAUCAUAUGCCACUGUGCAGAUGACAAAUCCCGACAAAUGAUUGAGUCCCUCAAGUCUGGCUGGACCCCAUGGUUUGCCCCCCGGGACGAAACCUUCAGGAAUGAAAACAAUGUCCGUGUAGACAAAAAUACUUCAGAUGAUAAUGAGCCCUCUGAGAGCUUUGUUUGCCGGAUACUUGGUUAUAAGCGCAAUUCGCUAACGACAUUUGGCCAGCCUCUCCGGCGUUUGCCGCUUGAUCACCCGGAGCGCGUUGAGGCCGACAAUAUUUUGUGUGAUGGAUGCGACAAGAAGAUUGAAGGCGCAGGCGUUCGGUGCCAAGAUUGCAGUGGUCACUUUGACUAUUGCUUUGACUGUGCUAAAAUGUCGGACAUGACUCACGACCCUCUUCAUCACUUCAAACUCCACAAUGGAGCGGUUUACUAUGCUUUCAAUAUCUCCUCGAGCCUCUUGCAUGGUUUCCAUGAUGAUAUUGAUACUUGCUCAUUCUUUCCUGGUCUGGGAAGAUUUGUGGAUACCAUUAAAGCAAUUGCACCUUGCGAACCACCCUCGGCGCUGCGUCACGGAAAGGGAAUCACAAUCCGACUCCCUUGGGAACAAUGGAUUCGGAUGCCUGGGAUGGAGCAUCACGUCGACAAUGAUGGCUGCCCUAGCGAUCACUUGCUCAGAGCCAUGACUGGGAAUAGGAGAAUAGUUGGGGACCGUGUACGCCAUGUUACCAAUUCUUGGCUUAGUGACGCCCGGAGAGCCUUUCGGGCAUCGUUCGUGGAGAAACACGGCCAGCAGGAGAAAAAUAAACGUGCAUCUCUACCUUUGAGUCAUUUUGGCCAAGAAGCCCUUUGCUCCAUGGGAUUCAUGCUUUCAGGGAGUCGACAGUUUGCCACAACAACCACGUCCUUUGGUCUUGUGCCCAUCAGAUCGUGCGCUGGUGAUCGGAUUGCCAUACUCGUUGGUUGCACAGUUCCUGUCGUCCUGAGAAAGAUGACCACGGCCAAUGGUCUAGAUUUAUGGGCGCUAAUCGGAGAAUGCUACAUAGAUGGGAUGAUGGAAGGAGAGUUGAGUCAUAAACUAGAUAAAGAUUUUGACAAGAUUCUACUGUACUAG